GGGUGGGAAAUGACACUACAUUUAAAGUCAAUCUUCUUCCUCCAACUUCUGUUAACUGUUUUAAAGGUUGUGGCUAUCGUUGGGCAAUUUCGCUGGGAAAACUGAAACUCUAACACCCAUAUUAGAGUACUUCCAACUAAAGCAGUUCGCCGAACUGGGCUAGCAACAGGGUGCGAAAAUUUCUGUUGCUCUUCUUUCCUGUGACAUACGGUAGAAGGGUUGGCCCUGGUUUGGUCCACCUGCCAGUGGAGUUUAAAGUUUCCAAGGCUCGGAGGAACACAAUGACUUGGAUCAAACUGCCUAAAUGAGAAGAAGGGCAUUUCUGCUACAACAAGGAAGCCGUUAAACUCCUGCUAAGCUAACCAUCUCUUUUAUGCGUCCAUGCACACGACCGACCUCCUCUAUCACUGACCAGGGAUUAUUUCUGACAAUCCAGAAUAUUCCGAAAGCUUGGAGACAUAUGGCUGGAAAAUGAAACGACCCUGGAGUGUGGCCACAUCAUUACUUUGUGUCGCGUGGUACCAGAUGGGCAACCAGUGAAUGAUGCAGAGAUGUGAACGGACAGUUUUAUAGUGUGAAUUUUCCCCCCAUAAAGCCAAAGCAGACUUCAUUUCCCUCUCUUUUCUUUUGGUUUGUAAUACUCGGAUUUUGUCCUCUCGGCAGUAUCAAUUAACUCCGUUUGGCAGUGGGGUAGCCAAAAAGGAAGAGGAUGAAGCGAUCUCUAAAAUCUUAGUAAGUGUCGAAGGAGCCACAGCACCCAGGAAACUGCGGCUGCGAGCCGCCUCGUCCUGCGCGGAUUUCAGGGUUGAAUAGCGCAAGCGGUUAUGGAGCGGACGGUGCACUCCAUCCGCCGAGGAUAGAGACCCCGGCGCCGGGAGGGGUCCGCUCAUUUCGCCGCAGCCUUGGAGGCCGCGGCAGCCUCUCAUCCGCUGCGUCUCAUUACCAUUAUCCUCGUUCUUGAAAAGUCAUGGAAGACGGCCCGCUGCCAGACCUCAGAGACAUCGAGCUGAAGCUGGGGCGCAAAGUACCCGAGAGCCUAGUGCGCUCGCUCCGUGGGGAGGAGCCGGUUCCCCUGGAAAGGGACAGGGACCCCUGCGGGGGGAGCGGCGAUGGUGGAGGCGGCUGCAGUGGUAGCAGCAGCAGCUGCAGCUUCCCUCCCUCCUUGUCGUCCUCCUCUUCGUCCUCUCCAACCUCUGGCUCCCCACGUCGUAGCCACUGCAGCGCCCUGGAGAGGCUGGAAACCAAGCUGCACUUCCUCAGGCAAGAAAUGGUUAACCUCCGAGCCACAGACGUCAGGCUCAUGCGCCAGUUGCUUGUUAUCAAUGAGAGCAUUGAGUCCAUCAAGUGGAUGAUUGAAGAGAAAGCCACCAUCACCAGCCGAGGCAGCAGUCUCAGUGGCAGCCUGUGCAGUUUAUUGGAGAGUCAGAGCACCUCCUUACGUGGCAGCUACAAUAGUCUUCAUGAUGGCAGCGAUGGGCUGGAUGGCAUCUCCGUGGGGAGCUUUCUGGACACUUUGGCGGAUGAUGUCCCAGGCCAUCAGACCCCAUCGGACUUGGACCAAUUCAGCGACAACUCCAUAACAGAGGACUCGCAAGCCCUGCACAAGCACCCCAAACUGGAUUCUGAAUACUACUGCUUUGGCUAAUGACCCAGUUUUUUGCAUGGGAUUGGUGUGCAAUUAACUUGUAUUUAUCCUUCUCCGCUGCUAUAUUUUUGGUGUGAUUUUUUUUUUUUAUAUGACAACCUUUUUAAAAGAAGCUUAUUUUGAAACUGCUUGAUGAUAAUUCUGUUGCUCCUAAUCUUUCUUAUCUGGACUGAUUUAUCUUUCUCUCUUACAUCUCUAUUUUUAUUUAUUACAGUGAUUUUUCUCCCCUCUUUUACAGUGGAACAGAUAAAGUAGGGGGAAAAAGAAUAAGCAAUAAUCAUGUUUUUGCUUUUGUUUUCAGAGCAAGGGGUCAGGGAUUACCAAAAAAAAAAAAAAAAUCUUUGCUAAAUUUUACAAUAAACCAAAGUCUGAU